CAUACCAUGGUGGAUGUGGCAAGUGGGUUUCUUGUGUGGAAUCGGUUUAUGGAUUGUUAUUUCUUCAAUUCUCAAUUUGACUAUGAAGCUUAGAUCCUUAACCCAACCCUGGGUUUCUAGUCUUGUAGUCUCUGGCACUCCUACUAUCCUGCUGAUCCAGAAAUAUCAUCAUGGAUCAUUGGACGUUUUUUUCUCCGGACUGUCUUGUGUUGUGUCAGUGCCUUUCUACACUGCCUUUCUUCCCUUGCUCUUCUGGAGUGGACAUAGUAAAUUGGCCAGACAGAUGACCCUGCUGAUGGCAUUUUGUGAUUAUUUAGGGAACUCUGUAAAGGAGGUAGUAUCAGCUCCUAGACCCAGUUGUCCACCUGUUAGGAGAGUGACUGCUACCAAAGAUGAGAAAGAGAAUGCAAUGGAAUAUGGAAUGCCUUCUUCUCACACUCUCAACACAGUUUGCUUAUCUGGCUACCUUUUGCACUAUGUCAUAAUGUACACACAGAGUACAGAUAGCUCCAUGCUGUUUUCGGGAUUCGCCAUGGUUUGCCUGUUUGUUGGCCUCAUUGGCUUGGGAAGAAUUUGCCUUGGGAUGCACUGUUUGGCUGACAUCAUCGGAGGUCUUGCUUUUGGAUUGGCAAUUCUGGCAUUUUGGUUAACUGUUCAUGAACAUAUUGACAAUUUUGUUGUUUCAGGGCAAAAUGUGAUGACGUUUUGGGCAGCUCUUAGCUUCUUGCUGCUGUUUGCCUACCCAACACCUGAGAAUCCAACUCCGAGCUUUGAGUAUCACACAUCCUUUACUGGUGUUGCAUUUGGAAUUGUAAGUGGCGUCCAGCAAACUUAUCAUCUGUUUCACCAUGAAAAUGUUGCGCGCAUCUUUACCCCUCAACUCACACUCCGCGCCUUUGCGGGAAGAAUGCUAGUGGGAAUCUCGACGAUUCUACUUGUGAAGUUCUGUACCAAGGCUCUUGCGAAAUGGAAUCUGCCAAUCGUCGCAAACACCUUGGGAAUCCCUAUAAAAUCAACCAGCUACAUUCCGGCACUAAUUAUGGAGAUCCCUAUAACUGCUUCGAAUUCUAGUGAAACAUUGGAUGAAGUUAAACAAUCUGGUUAUCUCCAAAAGCUGUUUGUCUUCUCCCCACAGGCCUCAUUUGACGUUGAUACUGGUAUUAGGUUUCUUCAGUAUGCUGCUAUUGCUUGGUCUGUGGUAGAUCUUGUACCAUAUCUUUUCUCCCUCUUGAGGUUGUGAUGCAUUGUACCAUUUCUUGUUGGACUUUGUCUGCCUCCAUCUGAUAUAAAGGGAAAUGUAUUGCAAGUUGAUUUUGUAGAGAUUUAGUGGUUUUUACUGAAAAAACAUCAGUAUUUGUUAAUAGAUUCUGAUUGGAAUUGAGUAAAAUUCUGUUUUAAAA